AUGUUAGAGUUUCAUUUUAAGUUUGUAUUAAAAUCUGGAAAACUGGAUCACGAAUAUACCAAGUCAUUUGAGGAGGAUCGGGAUGUGGAUGUUGACAGUGAUGUAGAUGACAAAGACUCUGGAAAUGGAUUAAGUAAGAGGUCACAUCACAAUGCUCUAGAGAGAAAGAGGCGAGAUCAUAUAAAGGAAAGUUUUAAUGGCUUGCGAGAUUCUGUUCCUUCACUGCAAGGUGAAAAAACUUCAAGGGCUCAGAUUUUAAACAAAGCUACUGAAUACAUACAGGAUGUAUCACGGAAAAAUAACGCCGAUAGACAAGACAUUGACGAAUUAAAGAAACAAAACAAUCAGCUUGAAAUGCGCAUAAGAGCGUUAGAACAUGCAAAACAAGAUGGUAUAUUUGCUUCCCGACAAAACAACAGCAAUGACCAAGAACUUGAUGUUGAAAAUGAUAGUUAAUGUUAUUUUGUUUAAAAACAUAUUUUGUGAAUAUCUUGCCUGUAAAGUUUGUUUCGUGAUAGCUUGUAGUCGGUAAAUGAAUUGUAAUGUAGCCUUUACCAUCUAUCAAGGAUAUUAUUUCUUAUUUGUCAUUAUGAAACGAAAUCAAUAAUCAAAUUAUUAAGAAAUUUGAAAAGUAGUUUUUUCUUACAAUGUAUGUAUCACAUCUGAUCUAUAUAUCCAAGAAUGUUAUUUUACUGGUGAAUAUCAGUUACGUGUUUAAUUUUUUCAUACAG